GUAAGGUCCCUGAUGGUAAUAUGGCCAUGUUGGUAAUAUGGCCAUUUGGCUGCCAUUGACGUAGUUCGUGCGGAUACCGAUAGAAUGUGCUGGCAUGUUCUUCGGAACACCAUUGUCGAGAGCUCACAGAUUUGCCGGGUCCGGGCAGCACGCACACCACCAGGGAGGCGCCAUUUUCAUGGGUUUUUGCUGCGAGCAGAGAACUCUUCUUAUUUUACUCCGAAAUGAAUCCCUUCAAUCCACAAAAGAAGCGGGGUAGUUGGACACAAGAUGGACUCAGCAAGGCAGUAGAUGCUGUAAGACUUGGCAACCUAUCUGUUAAUGCAGCAAGUAAAAGGUAUGUCGUGCCUAGGCGAACCCUUCGCCGUUAUCUUUCCAAUAACCAAGAUGUUAAAUAAAAAUUGGGUUGUAAGGCAACACUCAAAACUGAGGAAGAGAGGGAACUUAGCAGGAGAAUAAUUCGUCUAGCAGAUGUUGGUUAUCCACUCACAUCAAAGAUGCUCAAGUUAAAUGUUUUUAAAUACUGCCGUGAAAAUGGGAUAACUCACCGGUUCACUAAAGAAACUGCAGGUCGCUACUGGUUGAAUGGCUUUUUGGCCAGAAAUCCUGAAAUUAGCAAACGAAAAGCUCAAAGGCUAAAUCCUGCCCGAGCUCAAAAGCUUAACAAAUUCAUAGUUGGAGACCAUUUUGAAAAAUUGCAGAAUGUCCUUGCUGAGAACAAGUUUUUAAACUUCCCUGAAAAAAUAUUCAACAUGGAUGAGAAGGGUUGUAGGUUACAACUGCACAAAGAUCCAGAGGUUUUGGCGAAAAAGGGGUCAAAGCGCGUCCAUAUUGUUGCAAAGGAACGUGGCGAGAGUGUUACUGUUGUAGCCUGUGGAAAUGCUACUGGAAAUGUCAUUCCCCCAAUGAUCCUAUUCCCUGGAUUAAGAAAAAAUCCAGCUUGGGAAAAAAAUUUACCUACAGGUUCAACAACAAUAAUGACUCGAAAAGGUAGCAUGACAACCGAAUCUUUUGUGUCCUUCCUGAAUCACUUCUCUAGGUUCAAGCCAAGUGGGCCUUGUCUUCUGAUUUUUGAUGGGGCUAAGUCACAUUUAGACUACAGCAUAUGUGAAGUUGCAGAACAGAAUGAAAUUAUUUUGUACUGUCUUCCGUCAAACACGACUCAUGAGUUACAGCCUUUAGACAAAGGUUGUUUCCAAAGUUUUGAGAUUUUUUGGGAUCAGCACACACUCCUUUAUUUUAAUAUGCACAAAGAACAGCAAGACAUUUCCAAAUUGAACUUUGCUGAUGUUUUUACACCAACAUGGGAAAAGUUAAUGACACAAGCAAACAUGAAAAGUGGAUUUAAGGCUACUGGCAUUUUCCCCUUCAAUCCGUUCGUGAUUCCAGAAGAGGCCUUUGCACCCAGCAUAGCUACUGAGCUUCCGCCACCUAACACAAAAAUGGCAGACGAAACUGUAACCGCUUAUGCGUUGCAGGAACAACAUAAUGCCAAUGACGACCAUUCAUUGGCAGGUCCGUCUGGUCUACAGACAAAUGUUAGCCAGCUUGGUUCUAGACACAGCACCAGUUCAUCAUCUGAUUCAGAUAUCACAGGAGACUUGGCACAACCUUUAAGUUCUUCAGAUUACUCUGAUAGUUUGCAUAUUCCCGAAAGUACUGCAAAUCUGUCCAGGCGUGGUUCCAUUGGAGAAAUGCUACCUACACCAAAGAAAAAACGGAAAACCACACGGGUUAUGAAACCUGCUAUAAACAACAGGGGUGUUGUACUGAAUAAAUCUUUAUUUGAAGAUAACAAGGAUGUAAAGUUAGAUAGCAGCAAGAACAGUGGAAACAGCAAAAAAUAUAAUACAAAGUCUGUUCGCCAGAUGACUGCUUCAAAGAAGUCUGAGAGUUGGUACUGUGCAAUUUGUUGCAAUGAUGAAGUGAAGGAUAUGAGACUGUGCGGAGUUUGUGAAAUAUAUGUCCAUGAAGAAUGUGUUGGCCUCACCAAAGAUCACAAAGAGUUUUUUAUUUGCCCGAAAUGUUUAUUAUAGUGUGAAUAUUUUGAAAGAGACCAAUAUGUUCCUUGUUAAUUUAAUAUUUUAUCUACAAUCUGACUUUCAUUAUCAAAAAAUAAUAAAACUGUAUUUUAUAUGUUUUAAAAAAUAUAUUUGCUGUUUAUUCUUAUGUAUGUAUAAGUAAAUAUUAUUUAAUAUUCAUCAGAAAUACAAUUCAUUUAUGAUUUGUGCUAAUAAACCUUAUUUUUAGCUUCCUAUAAAUCAUUGGCCAUAUUAACAUCACAUGCUUUUAAUAUGGCCCAAAUACAUGUAUUUAUUAUUUUUCAGUUAUUUUAUAAUGACAUGUAUUAAAAAAUGUUUUGUUAAUGGUUUUUGACAAGAAAAACUGUAGAUAUUAUGUCCAUCAAACACUUAUGGGGAUUUCCCGAAAACUAGAUAAAAUAAAAUUAAACAAAGCUUAACAUGGCCAUAUUA